AACACACACAGACCGAGGUCAGAAAUCCUUAGUGGCUGGACUUGCAUCUGCACCAUGAGAAACAGAUGUCUAAGAGCGCUGCCAGAACUGUCAGUGCUGCUGUUGUUGCCAUUGGUUUCUGCAGCCCAGAAGGAUAGGGCCUGUAUUCGAUGGUGCCCUCCGAACCCUCCAUGUGUAAAUGCCCGCUCCUGUCACUGUGCACCGGGAUUCAGUGCUGCAUCAAGUAGUGUCUUCACCAGUGGCCACUUGAAGAGUUGCGAUGACAUCAAGGACUGUGGACCAAACUCAAGAGUGUCCUGUGGAGUAUAUUUAGACUGCCAAAACUUCAUGAAGUCCUACUGCAGUUGCCACCAAGGCUACAGGCCUGCUUCUGAGGCAAUGUUCGGCAUUGAUCCUGACGACCCGUGUGAUGAUGAAGGACUUGUUUUGCAUUUCUUUAUGACAAUGGUUGCUGCAAAAGAAACCCUUGAAGCCUCUACCCCGGAAGACUGUGCUUGGUGGUGUCCUCUGAACUCCAAAUGUGUCAAUGCCACUGCCUGUCGCUGUGUUCAGGGAUUCAAUUCUUCAUCUGGAGAGAUCCUUACUAACGGCUUCGAGAAAUGUGAAGGUACUGGGGCUUGGAGUGGGCAUACAGAGAUUGUUGGGGGAGCUUAUAGGGCAUCCAGAACCCUCACCGCUAAGAGCAGCACAGAAGCAUUUUGUCAAGGAUUAGAGAGAGGAGCUAGGGCAGGGCACUAUGGGGGAGGGAUCCCAUCUGGCACCGGCACCGGCUCCGGCUCCAGCACCGGCACCGGCACAAGCACUGGCACUGGCUCCAGCACUGGCACUGGCUCCGGCACUGGCACCGGCACAAGCACUGGCACUGGCACUGGCUCCAGCACUGGCACUGGCACUGGCACAAGCACUGGCACUGGCACUGGCUCCGGCACAAGCACUGGCACUGGCACAAGCACUGGCACAAGCACUGGCACUGGCACUGGCGCCGGCAUGGGCACCGGCACUGGCAUGGGCACCGGCACAAGCACUGGCACCGGCACCGGCACUGGCACUGGCACCGGGACUGCACACCCUGGAAUCAACAACAGCAAGGUCUCCAGUUUGUUACAAAAAUUUGAUGAUUUCGACAGAGACUUCAAGUCAGCCUCAGAUUCGGACAAGAUCCAGGGCCUCAUACAGGGGGUGGAUGACCUGUUGGAGAACCCUGGGGACCUGGAGACCUUGUCCCACUCAGAGCAGAACUAUGUGGCCACUACCCUGCUCCACAAAAUGGAACAUGUCGUCUUCAAAAAGCUGAGCAAGGCCCCACCCAAUGGGUCACUGACCUUUAAUGCACCUGGAGGCACAGAACUGUCUCUGAAGAUAAAGAAGCAAGGAGACAGGAAGGCCACCUUGAGUGUUAAUCAGGCAAAGAUGGUGCUGGACUGGGAUACAGUACAGGAAUCUGGUGACUCAGGUCCGUCUACGGUGGGCCUUUUAUCCACACCAGGAAUGGGCAAGUUUAUGGCUAAAGCCCCCCUAGUUCUAGAAACUGAGGAGCAGUCAGUUCUGAAUGAGACACACAAGGGCAUGUUGCAGGAAGUCUCCCAUGUCCUGCUCUCAGAUGUCAUCUCCGUCUUUGUGAGCAAUAAUAACACCCAGAACCUAAGCUCCCCAGUCACCUUCAUCUUCAAGCAUUCAGUGACCCCGAGGCCAAAGCAGAAGGUGUUCUGUGUCUUCUGGGAGCCUGGCCAGAAUGGAAGUGGUCAUUGGUCCACCAAAGGCUGCUGGAGGGUGGGUACUAUAGACACCAGCACCACCUGCCAAUGCAGCCACCUCAGCAGCUUUGCCGUCCUCAUGGCCCAUGAUGAUGUGCAGGAUGAUGAUCCCGCCCUGGCUGUGAUCACCUACCUGGGGCUGAGCCUCUCUCUGCUGUGCCUCCUCCUGGCGGCCCUCACCUUCUGGCUGUGCAAAGCCAUCCAGAACACCAGCACCUCACUCCACCUGCAUCUCUCGCUCUGCCUCUUCCUGGCCCACCUGCUCUUCCUCACGGCCAUCGACAGAACUGAGAACAAGGUGCUGUGCUCCAUCAUCGCGGGUGCCUUACACUAUCUCUACCUGGCCUCCUUCACCUGGAUGCUGCUGGAGGGCCUGCACCUCUUCCUCACCGCGCGCAACCUGACGGUGGUCAACUACUCCAGUGUGAGCAGGUUCAUUAAGAACUUCAUGCUCCCUGUGGGCUACGGAGUCCCAGCUGUGAUUGUGGUCAUUUCUGCAGCAUCCAGGCCUCACCUUUAUGGAACACCUACCCGAUGCUGGCUCAGCACACAAAAGGGAUUUAUAUGGACCUUCCUUGGCCCCGUCUGCAUCAUCUUCUCUAUUAACUUGGCAUUCUUUCUGAUGACCUUCUGGAUUCUGAAAACCAAGCUCUCCUCACUCAACAGGGAUGUGUCCACCCUCCAGAACACGAGGAUGUUGACAUUUAAAGCGACAGCUCAGCUCUUCAUCUUGGGCUGCACGUGGUGUCUGGGAAUCUUGCAGGUGGGUCCAGCUGCUCACGCCAUGGCCUAUCUCUUCACCAUCAUCAACAGCCUGCAGGGCGUCUUCAUCUUCCUGGUGUACUGUCUCCUCAGCCAGCAGGUCCAGGAGCAAUACCGGAAAUGGUUGAAAGGGAUCAAGGAAACCAAAGCCAUCUCUGAGAAGUACACACUCUCCAGCAGGGCUACGUCUGAAGUCUCCAAACACAAUGUGGAGAAUGAAAUUAACAACUAAACCAGAUGAUCCUGUCUACUGGAAAAUGAGGAAAACACUGAACUGUCAUCCUUUGGGCAAAGAAUAUAGAAAAUGCUUUUUGUAUCUGUUAUAAGUAACUCUUCAUGGCACCAUUGUGGGAGAAAAGUAUAUAGGAAAUGUUUGACAUUCAGUUGCUAGAGAAUUGGGGCCUUCUGGUCCACAUAGCAUGCUCACUCAGCUCAAUCCCAGCACAGUCAAAGAACUAUGACCCAAUUCCUCAGUUGUCUUGGGUUAAGCUCUCCACUCCAACCUGUUUUUCUUCAAAAGUGUUCCUCAAGUUAAAUAUAUAUAACAAGGAAAACCAUCAUCAAAGGUCUACCUUAUAACAACAUAAAAGAGUAAAGAAAUCUUCAGUUAAAUACCUGUAUUUGGCCUCCCUACCUACAUGCCUUGACUUCUUCACUCUUCAUUUCUAAAGACUUACUAAUUUUUAAUUUAAAAAUAUUUCUCUUACUCACCAUGUGCUGUACACAGAUCAAGACAGAUCCAGUUCCUGAUUUCACAAAGCUUAUAUGUAAAAAAAAUGUUAGAGUAAAAGCAAUAGAGUUUCUACAUCCUUACAUUUUAUAAAUUUGAGUUGUGUGCAAUAUAUAUGUAUUAUUUCAUCUAGGCAAAACCCAAUCCAAAGCAAUUUCACCUGGAAGAAUUUCCCUAUGGGUUUCCAUGGACCACAUUUGUAUAAUUUGAACAUAUGGGAAAUGCCUGUAAAUGGGUAUAACAUUAAAAACAUCCAUGAGUCCAUAGUGAUACCUAAAAAUAUCAGCUAAUAAUUGUAAAAGAUGAGAUAAAAUUAGAAAAUCAUGAUUUUUCAAUAUCAAGUAAAUGGCCACUAAAACAAAAUGUAAAAGGCUGUUGGGGGACAGGCUACUCCGACACUGACAAAAAAAAAAAAAACCCUCACAGAUUACUGAUUAAUUACAAGGGCCAAAUUUACAAUAGGGAAAUCUGACAGUCACCAUAUGACCUUAAUGAUCAGCUUAACAUUGUCAAUAGUGGGUAACCUAACAUUAACUCCUGAUAAGACAUGACUUUACAACAUCCUAUGUGUGUAAAUAAAGAAUUAUUAACAAAUCAGUCUAACCAAAAUCUAAUCCAGUGUAUCAAUCAAGGGUUGGGAAACUAUAACAUGCAGGCUAAAUCCAGGCAUCUGCCUGCUUUUAUAAAUAAACUUUUAUUGGAACA